GCCAGGCGGCGGGGCGGGCAGACUAGUCCUGGACACUGGGGCUCAGGGCACCAUGAGCGGCCGAGUUGGGGACCUGAGCCCCCAGCAGCAGGAGGCUCUGACCCGGUUCCGGGACAACCUUCAGGACCUGCUCCCCACGCUGCCCAAGGCUGAUGACCACUUCCUCCUGCGCUGGCUCCGAGCCCGGAACUUUGACCUGCAGAAAUCAGAGGACAUGCUCCGUAAGCACGUGGAGUUCCGCAAGCAGCAGGACCUGGACAACAUCCUUGAGUGGAAGCCCUCAGAGGUGGUCCAGCGGUACGAUGCCGGUGGCUUGUGCGGCUACGACUAUGAGGGCUGCCCCGUGUGGUUCGACAUCAUCGGGACCAUGGACCCCAGGGGCCUCCUCCUGUCAGCCUCCAAGCAGGAGCUGAUCCGGAAGCGCAUCAGAGUCUGCGAGUUGCUUUUGCACAAGUGUGAACAGCAGAGUCAGAAGCUGGGCAGGAGGGUCGACACGGCCGUGAUGGUGUUUGACAUGGAAGGGCUGAGCCUGAGACACCUGUGGAAGCCAGCAGUGGAGGUUUACCAGCAGUUUUUUGCCAUUCUGGAAGCAAAUUAUCCGGAGACGAUGAAGAAUUUAAUUGUUGUUCGAGCCCCCAAGCUGUUCCCCGUGGCCUUCAACUUGGUCAAGUCAUUCAUGGGUGAGGAGACCCGAAGGAAGAUAGUGAUUAUGGGAGGCAACUGGAAGCAAGAGCUGCCUAAGUUCAUCAGCCCCGACCAGCUGCCUGUGGAGUUCGGGGGGACCAUGACCGACCCUGAUGGCAACCCCAAGUGCCUGACCAAGAUCAACUACGGGGGCGACGUGCCCCAGCAUUACUACCUGCACAACCACGUGAGGGUGAAGUACGACCACCAGGCGACCGUGGGCCGAGGCUCCUCCCUGCAGGUGGACAGCGAGGUCCUGUUCCCGGGCUGUGUGCUCAGGUGGCAGUACGCAUCGGACGGAGGGGACAUCGGCUUCGGGGUUUUCCUGAAGACCAAGAUGGGGGAGCGGCAGCGGGCCGGGGAGAUGACGGAGGUGCUGGCCAGCCAGCGCUACAAUGCCCACAUGGUGCCCGAGGAUGGGAGCCUCACCUGCACGGAAGCCGGCGUCUACGUCCUGCGCUUCGACAACACCUACAGCUUGAUACAUGCCAAGAAGAUCAGCUACACCGUAGAGGUGCUGCUCCCCGACAAGGCCUCUGAGGAGAAGAUCCAGGGUCUCGAGGACUCGAGACAGUCCCCAGCACAGUGAAGACCCCGCCGCCCUGUGCCCGAGCUCUCCGACCCCUCAGCACCCUGCCCUGUCCCUGCCCUUCCAGGCAGAGCGGUGCUGGAGGGGACCACGGAGAGCCUCCCACCUCGCCUCGCCUCGCCGUCUCAGCUCCUUGUGGGCCUACCUUGCUCGGUGGCCCAGCAGGAAGGAGACGCCCAGUGUGUGGCCCACGGGAAGAUCCUGACAGACACCCCAUCCCCUGUUCACAGGGAGAACCCUGAGGAUAAGCUGGCAUCCGGGAGGAAAGGUCCUGCCUGCAGAAGCUGCCCUUUUGUCCUUCCCGACACGGUGCCCCCCAUCCCAGAGCGCACCCACGCCUGGCCCUGGUUUGGGGGGGUGUGCCUGAGCCCCGGCUGCAGGGAGCACUGCUCAGGCCGGAAGAGCAGGGAAGCCCCAUUCUCCGCACGUAGGGGCUCUGCAGGGAUGCGCAGGGAUGCGGCUGGGGAGAGGGAUGGGCAGGGCUGGCGGGGGGUGGGGGGUCCUCUGUUCUGACAGAGCGUCAGCUCUCCAGGUCGGCUGUACCGCCUUUGGAGGGAAAAUCAGAAAUAGAGAGUGAGCCCUGGCAGGGACAGCCAUCAGGGGGAAGAGCCACACUCAGGCUUCCGCAGAGCCAGUCUCCCAGGAAUUCCCAGGGUCCCCCCACCCCACCCCCACCCGCUGUGAUCCAGCCGACCUUCAGCCUGGUUCCUUUCCGGCUCUGAGCGGGGCCAGGACCCAAGAAGCGCUGGAGGGAGCUGCAAUGGGCGUGCUGCGGUGCAGAGUGGAGCUGCCAUCCCGGGGCACCCAUCCUGGACUCGGACUUGCUCCAUCAGGCUUUUCCUCCAUCUUUGCGUCUCACCAGGGGGACAGCUGAAGGUCGGCUGCCAACCCUCCCCCUCCCGCGCCCCAAAUGCGACUUGGCAGCGGGCCAGUGAAGGCUUUAUUCCUCAAUGGCUGGCUCUCCCGGGCCCACAGCCCACAGUCAGGACCACCGCCUGCUCUGCUGGAAGGACCGCACCCAGCAGGAAGCUGCCAAGCUGACUGUGGUUCUGAGGUUGACUCUAGUUGGCAAUGAGGCCAUCUACCGGGGCCUGGGUGUGCUGCCCCGCCACCCUGCCCCCUGCCCCCUGCCCCCUGCCCCCUGCCCUCUGGCUGGGCCAGGCCAGCGGCCCCCAGUUCCUCUGAAGACCUGGCCCCAGGCUCUGGACCCCUGCUCCUGUACUGCUGUCCCACAGGGUGGGAUGCCGGCCACUCGGGUGACAUCCCCGGGAGUGAGUGGCCAGACGUCCCUGUGAAAGGGGUCCUUGCUGCCAAGCAUUAGCAUCCUGGCCGCCCAGGCCCUUCCCAGGGACCGGAAGCCGCCUUGAGCCCACUCUCCAGGUGCUUUGCCAGCAAGAAGCCCGCCUCUGGUCCCUUCCCCACUCUCAAUCUCUGUGCUCUCAUCUUCCCAGGUUAAUAAGAGGUUUCUCGAUUUCCCAGAGCCUGUUUUAGGCAAGGACAUAAUGAGGCUUGGGAAGGUGGGGGUCUUCCGGUGAGCCAGGUGAGGUCCUUUAGGCCCCAGCCCUCCUGCUGUGGACCCAGCCCUCCAUCCACCAUGAACGAUGGAGCACAGAGUCUCAGCAGGGGCAAAGCAAACUGACUGUGUGAAACUGAAUGAAUGCCAGUACUUCCCUGGCGGUCUAGUGGUUAAGACUUUGCCCUCCAAUGCAGGGGGUGUGAGUUCAAUCCCUGACUGGGGAGUUAAAAAUCCCACGUGCCUCGGGGCUAGAAAACCAAAACAUAAAGCAGAAGCAAUGUUGUAACGAAUUCAAUAAAGACUCAAAAACAUAGUCCACAUCAAAAAAUCUUUAAAAAAAAAAAAAGAAACUGAAUGUCAUAAGCCAAUGCUACAAGGCACUCCUAGUCCAAAAGUGUGUUUAAAUAAUUUGGUAAGAAAAAAAACUGCCUCAUCAUCACCGUCAGAAAAAAAGUCACACAGCAUCUCCUGUCCAAGAGCAUUCCCACAUCCCGGAUGUGGUAGGCUUUCCCAUCACCCCAGUUGCACAGGUCACCCUCUGUGCAGCCUCUCAGUUGAAGGGACAUCGAGAGCCCUCGGGGUCCUGGCUUCCCAGGGCCAUGUUCCCACCACCCAUGGCAGGCUGUGGGGGGCACGGCCAACGGGAGCAAGGGGGCCCUAUGCCAGGCUUCACUGGGCCCAGCUGUCAUGAUGGAGACUCCCAGGACCCUCCUGCCACCUUCACGUCCCUUGCCAAGAAACAAGGGCUUUGUGGAUAUGAACACUGACCCUGGCCUUUCUAACCACCCAGAGCCGACGGCCUAACCCUCAGCACUGCCUCGCGUGGUUUGCUUGCAGGCAGCAAAGACUGCUCUGUCCCAAGCACAGAGGUUUUCCGAGGCUCUGACUGCAAAGAAUUUACACAGACAUGGCUGUGACAUGGGGGUCAGAUGCUGUCACGGUGACUCUGAAUCCCAGAGCUGGCCGAGAGCAUCUUGUGUUCAGCCACGAGGGCAGCAGUCGAUGCAGAAGUGAGGACAGAAUCUCCUUACCUGGAGGGGGCGCUUCAGGAGCUAGAGAAGGAGCGUGUCUCCAGCAACCUCCAUCCCUGUGUCUUAACACUUUAAAAAUAAAAGGUGGGGGGCAGGAUGGGGAGGGAUUCCCAGUGGUUAAGACACCACGCUCUCAGCCAAAGGCCCGGGUUUAAUCACUGGUCGGGGAACUAAGGUCCUGCAUGCUCUG